AUGACUAAUCUAGAAAAUAUUGUAUAUUUUCUAGGGAUGAAGAUUUUAUACUCUGAUAAGGGUAUAAUUUUACAUCAUCUGAAGUAUGAACUUGAGCUUCUAAAAAGAUUUAAGCUAAUAAAUUGGAAGUCUGCAAUCACACCCGCUGAAACAAAUCACAAGUUGGAUUAUGAUGUUAAGGGUGAUGAUUUAGAUGCUACAACUUUUAAACAAUUUGUGGGUUCAUUGAGAUGUCUGUGUAAUUCCAUACCUGACAUUUGCUAUGCAGUUGGAAUGAUGAGUAGGUUUAUGAAGAAACCAAAUUUGUCACAUUACCAAGUUGUUGUCGGGACACUGAGGUAUAUUAAGGGGACUUUGAGGUGUGGAGUUUUGUUCCCUUCUGGUGCUAAAUAUAAUUUAGAUAUUAUAUGUUAUUCAUACUCUGAUUGGUGUGGAGAUAGAGUUGAUAGAAGAAGUACUUUUGGAUAUUUCUUCAAGUAUCAGGGAGGUCUCAUCUCUUGGUGCUCUAAGAAGCAACCAAUAGUUGCAUUGUCAACAUGUGAAGCUGAGUACAUUGCAGGGACACUAUCAGCUUGUCAAGUUGUUUGGAUUCUGAACUUGUUGUAG